CCUGGCUCGGAUGCAACCCUAAUUAAUCGCGAUAUCGCUGUCUCCGAUGCAGACAUUAACGGCGGGCGCGAUGGUCCCUCAACCAACACCCCUCCCCUCCCUUUCACAAUCAUGGUCUCCCGAAUACUUCGCUUCGCACCUCUAGUCGCCCUCCUCAUCCUCACCCUCAGCACCUUCUACUAUCUCUAUCGUGCCAUCCACGUCGACACCCACCCAGAUCUCGACCUGGGCCUGGAAACCGCCACCACCUCUGACCGCAAAACCCUCCCCGACCUCACCGUCAGCCAAAUCAUCGCCAACACCCACCAUGAGAUAGCAUCCAACUCGACCCCGGACGGCCGAUACUUCCGCAUCGACUUCCGCUCCCGCCGCGGCAUCAACCCCAGCAUCAUCCCGCACCCCACCAAACCCAACACCUGGAUCAUCACCGCGCAGCUUCACGAGCCCGGUCGUCGUGAGAAGGAUAGCGCCUGGUUCGUCGAACUUGUCUGCGACGCCGUCUUCCAAGACAAGGGCCGCACCCUCCGCUGCAUCGACUAUCCCUUCAUCCUCCCCAUCGCCGCAACCGAGGGCAACAACGCCCUCUGCUCUGGCAGCCUCGCUUUCUUCGCCCUCAGCAUCGGUCCUCACGAUGCCCGCGUCUUCUACGGCCCGGACGCCCCAUACACCAUCUACGGCUCCAAGUCCGCCGUGACCUGCUUCGGCCAGUGGAUUCUUGACUUCCGACUCCUCGUCGACUGGCCUGCUUCCGACACCAUCACAGACUAUGGCUUCCGUCGUGCCACGGAGCUGCAGCGCCCAGCAACGGGCCCUUACCUCGCCGUCGAGAAGAACUGGUUCCUCUUCUGGGACCGAGCCGGCAACGCCUACGCUCACUACGACGUGGCACCCACAAGAGCCUUCGCUGCCUUGACCCUGGACGGUUCCGUCGGCGCAGACCUCGCCCCAGCAGCGGCAAGCGCAGACGCAGCCUGUCUCCAAAAAUAUCUACCUCAGAUGCAAGAUCCCGACCACGAAUCCAUCCACCAAGCCACCAACUCCCUGGCUGUGACGUUGUGUAUGCGUGCAGACCCGAACUGCCACCCAGACGACCACAAUACUGUCAUUUUGACGGUCUUCCAGCAUAAGCGGUUCGUGGAGUUCCAUAGUAGUUAUGACCCGUACGUGAUGCUGUUUUGGCAGAGGUCGCCGUUUGAAGUCUACGGGAUUUCGGACAUGCCGUUGUGGAUUCACGGCCGGGGGAUGAUGGAUGAGGGGAACCAGACGGAGAUGAUGUAUGUUACAUCGAUCGGGUGGAAGACUGCUGGGCAGAAGUAUCACGGGUAUCUUGAUGAUGUGAUGUUCUUGGCGUUUGGGGUAGAGGACGCGGAUACCGCCGGGGUGGAUGUGGUUGCGGGGGAUUUGGUGGCUGGGGUGGGGAAGUGUUGAUCCCCAUCUUACUCAGAUUAUAUUAUAGAAGGGGAGUAGAGUAGAGUAGAGUGAUGUGCUACGAUGGCAUUUCUUAUGAUUACUAUGUUGAAUGUGAUGUUGUACGAUACCUAUCCUUUCCUUCCUUUCCCUCGGAGUAACAUCUAGAUUAGUUAAUAGCUAUGUGUGGAAUUGACCCGUGAUUUCCCCGCUCAGACCCCCAAUGCAACCACAGCUUAAAUUAAC